AUGCUUGAAUGCGCUCGUUUCCAGCAACAACAGCCGCCGCCAGAGGAUUCUGAUCAAGAAGACGUUGAAGAAAAGCCAACGGAAGAUCCAGUUCUGCUACCCGUAACCAUUAAAGAUUUUGAAAAUGGAACAUACUUGGUCACCUACACUGCGCCUGCACCUGGAAGAGUGUCAGUAGGCGUUCUACUCGAUGCACAAGACGGGAAUCCACCACAAGAAAUACGGGGAUCGCCUUAUGUUGCCACAUUUGUCGAGAAGCCUCGGCCAAGAGCAAAUGAAUUCGCUGGGCCUACAGUUACCACGUUUAUUGCAAACACAAUGAACGCACUGGAAAAGUUUUGUCUUCGGACGGAAUUGGGACUUCAGGCAACCGUUAAAGCGGAUGAUCGUCGCAGCCUUCUAGAUGUCCGGCAGCACAUCAAAAACGUGGGAUUGUUGAAAGCUGAACAUGAACUGGAUUUCGAAGUCUUAAGGGUGGCCCUGCAGAAGCUGCAGGAAUUGGGCGCGAACGUUGAUUCAAGCAAUAGAGCACUUAAAAAGAUAUGCGAAAAGAGAGCUGCUCUCGAGGCUGCUGCAGAGAAACGCGAGAGGGAAAUGACGAACGUGUUCGAAGAAGAAGCGGCAAAGACUAAAAAAGCCAUAGAAGAGCUGGACUCCUCUGUGUGCGCCCUUCGUCAGACUCUAACGGGGGAGUGUUUCUAUUCCUUCGCAACCUCCCCAGCAGAUGCCAGAACAAGGAUUACGGACAUAUCGGAGCAAACCAACGAAUUAGUUCGAACGCUGGAGGCUCUAGAAGUGCCUGCGUCAUCGUUUGAUUUUCCUGAGCUACUUAAGGGAACGCGGCAGACUCUCUCAGCAGUCGAAGAGGAACUGCGCAACGUGGCCAAAUUCUGGAACGUUGCGGAAUCGAUGCUACUUCAAGUUGAGGGGUAUAGAGAACUCCUCUGGGAGAACGUCGAUGGUGUCGAAAUUGAAAUUGCUCUCAAGGCAAUGCAAAAGAGUCUGCAAAGAGACGUCAAGAUGGACAAGAAAAGCGAUGCGUACCAGGGAUUGGCUGCGACGCUUAGGACCUGGAUACAGCUUGCUCCACUAAUAGCGGAGCUCCGUGAACCUUACAUGCGCAAACGUCAUUGGAAUGAGCUCAUUAGUCUAGCACACGCUUCUCUUGAGAUCUCCACAGAGACUAAGCUGAGUGAAAUCGAAAGCUUGGAUCUCUUGGCGCUGCAAGCAACUGUCGAAGAAAUCACUGAUAAGGCGAAGCAAGAGGAAGCAAUCGAAAAAAACUUGAUUCUCCUUACAAAAACAUGGGAUUCAGCUGUGUUCGUGCUGACACCUGCGAGGCAGCCUGAUGUCAACGUGCUGUCCCUAUCAGAGGAGUGCAGCGAGCUGCUAGAAGAGCAGCAAAUGAUUGUUCAGAAUAUGAUGUCUUCCAAGUUUUUCGCAACGUUUGAAAUCGAGAUAACGAAAUGGCAGAAAUCCUUGGCAACAAUAGGAGAAAUAACUCAAAUCCUGCGAGAAGUAGAGAGAUCCUGGACUUUCCUGGAAAAUCUCUUCCUUUGCUCGGAAGAAGUCAAGCGAGAGCUUCCAGCGGAAGCAGAGCGCUUUGUGGCUAUAGACGCCAAGAUGAAGGAACUUUUACGGCAAGGAGAAACCUACUCGAAAAUCAAAGACUUUUGCGUCAUGCCUGAGAUUUCGACCCAGCUUGACGAGCUACAGAAACAGCUCUCUAUGUGUGAAAAGGCUCUCAACGAAUUCAUGGAUUCGAAGAGGAAAACGUUUCCUCGUUUCUUUUUUGUAUCAUCAGUUGACCUUUUGGACAUCCUCUCUCACGGUAAUGACCCUCCCGCUGUCAUGGUGCACAUGCCAAAAAUUUUCCAAGCCAUACAGCAAUUCGACUGUAGGGAUCCCCAGCCAACAGAUAAAGAUAAAAGCCGGCCAGUGGCAACAGGAAUUACUUCCUGUGUGGGCAUCGAGCAGCUAGCUCUUCCUGAGGAAAUGACGUUCGUAGGCAAGGUUGAGUCUUACCUCGAAGAUUGCAUAGCAAUGAUGCGCAAGACGGUCCGAUAUUACCUGAAAAAGUCAUUUGCCGGUCGCUCGGCAGCAGCAACAAAGAACGAUUGGAUAAAAGCUGAUCCAGCUGCUCAGGCAACACUAUUAGUGAACAUGGCUUCUUGGGUCAUGAAUGUUGAAAACGCGUUUGCACAAAUGCAGAAUCCUACGGCUAUGCAACAGUGCAUGAAAAAGCACGUGGAAGAGCUGACGUCAGCAAUUAGGCUUGUCCAAGGUCCGCUCACUCCAGAACUUAGACAGAAGAUUAUGUGCAUCAUAACUAUUGACACGCAUGGCCGGGAUAUAAUUCAGAGGCUCCUGGACGAACACGCUACCUCCGUUGACUGCUUUCAGUGGCAGUCGCAGCUUAAGUACUUCUGGGACGUGAAAACGGUUAGUCAACACAACUAA